CAGCUUCCUUCGUAAAGCGCGUUACCUCCGCUCUGUCUUUGUUUCACCUAGUUGGGCCUUCCCCUGAAACAUGCAGUGCUCUGAAACACGUUGCCGGACUCAAAGGAAAUUAUUUCGAGACUUUAAAAACGAAAGUCGUUGGUUAUGUAUCCCUGUUACGAGUGAAGUUCUUCAUGUUCACACCCAUUUAUAUACGCUUUUUAAUUCGGGAUAGGUGUUUAUUGAUAAUUCCAGUUCAACAAGCCGUUAUAAACCGUUCUCCGUAUCACGAAGUUAAUAGCACAGUGACUUCAUCUACGACGGUGUAGCAAUAAAAGUUGUCAUUUCAGUAAACCUUCCUGGCUAUGGUCUGGGCACGCAUCGCCGAAAUUAAUGUUGCUCGUUGUAUAUCGCUUUCAGGGCUAAAACUGUUGUAUACCUCAUGAUGUUCUGUCAUUAUUUCAAACAAUGAUAAACUGCCGAUUAGUAAACGUAGUUCAGCGUAGCUGGGCCUAGCUAUCUUACGUUAGCCGUAGCUACACUCUAGCCAUCGAGUUGGCAUACCUGACUUGUCAACGUUGUUGCCAUGGAGCAACCACCAGGGAGCUUGGAUGAUUUACAACCUCAGGACCUCUCCCAUUCAAGUAUAUCCAGUGUGAUUGACCUGACCAGGAAAGGCAGCCUGAGUUUCAUGUCCUGCGAUGUCCAUCACCUGGUUCAGAGUCCGGACUGGCAUUCAAACUCUGGAUUACCCGCAUCCUCAGAGACCACCACCUCCAAUGCCUCACACCAAUCAGCAGAUCAAAUUCAACCAGACAAUGCCUUGUCCCACACCACAGUGACCCUAUCUUAUGUGAGCAGGUCUCACAUUUUCUCAGCAUCUCAGCCUUUAACUGGUUUGCCACCUAUCAGCAAGUUCUCCCUCCUUCCCUCUUGUGAUGGUGAGAAAGGGCUCAGGGGGACCACCUAUACAAUAAACCAGCAUUACUUGGAACAUAUUGACACACCAGUGGACCUAGCAACCAAGGCUUUUCAUUCGUCCUCGAAGACUCCAGAGAUUGAUAAAGAAUGUCGACCACAGCAACAAUGUGAAUUAAUUGGGCCAGUAAAUCCGAGCACGACUAUCAGAGAGGAACACAUUAUUCCAGCAAGAGUGGAAUACACUGAAGUGUUGGAAAAUGGCCAAGAUGAGAGCCGGUCGAGUUUAGGUGUGGGUCCCGAAUUUUCCCCAGCGACUGACACAGCUGUCCUAAAGAAGAAUGAGCGGAAGGGAAUAUCUGAGAUGCUGCUACAAUUAUCUAAAAAAGAGGAACCCGUGGUUGUCCAGAAUGAAGUGGGUGAAACACUGUUGUGCUCACUGACCAGGGACUAUAAAAGCCCUCUAAAAGACCCCAUGUCUCCCUCUACUACCUCACUGGGUGAUGUCGAGGAUGUGUUCAUGCUGCCCCAAGCCACCACCUCGCCAAGCGAGGACCACUCUUUUCAGGCAGAUGAGGUUGUAUGGGAUGACUCAAUUACAGAAGCUGUCAUUCAGCUCAGGUCUGAGAAUGGCAACACCGGCACAAGUUUUGAUUCAUGCAAUGAAAACAGGCAGCUUGUUCACACAAGAAAGCCAGAGCUGAAGCCUUUGGUAGACUUGACCGAGGUUGGUUGUUCGUCAGGAAUUUCAGAGGACAGACCCAAAACUGUUACCCCUCAGAUGAAUGGCAAUGUUAGCGUUCUUCAGCAAGCACUAACCAAAAGAAAGUUACCAAUGCGGUCCAAUAGGGGGGUUCGCUUGCAAUCAUUUGUUAUGAAUUUAAAUGCAAGCAGUUAUAAAGUAUCGGGAUGCAUUAACACAAAUUUAAACUCUUCCAAAAGGACACCUCAGGACUCUUAUACAAGUCCAAUGAGUAUUGACACAGUGUCUGAUGGAAAAAGGAGAAGCAGAGUGAAAGCAAAACAAAAAGGAGUACCUCGAAACAAAAAAGAAAAAAAAAACAUACUUAAAACUAAUCAAUGCAAAAACACUACCUCUAAUUGUGUUAAUAAAUCAAAAAAGAUGAAUAGCAAAAACCCCAAGUUUACAAAGAGUGUGCCAGAUGAUGUUGCCUACCCUGGACAUUUGCUAGAGAUGAGUCCUGUGAGGUCAAAGAAAAGACUGUGUUCCGCGUCAAAUUCUCAUUUUAAGAAAUCAAAGGAGCUUCCUGUACAAUAUGAGCGGUUGAUGGAAACAAAUCGAGCCAGAUGUUCCCCACCAGCACUUAAAAAAUCUCCAAAGAAAAUCACACUUUCUGCAAAAGGCCCACAAAUAUUGCAAGCUGCAAAGACAAAGGUGUCUGGCACUCCCAAGAGGCAACGGAAGAAGUAUAACCCUGGGCCAUUUACUUCCUUCUUCGCUCCCAAGGAGCCUGAGAUCAAAUUAAAGUACAUCCACUACAAGGAGGAGAAAAAGGACUUUAGGUUUGAUAAUUUCUCCCCUUUCAUCCGUAUGCAUCACCAGCAGUCAUCAACAUCACUAUGCACUGUAGUAAACUACCCAGAAGAGGCCAGAACGCAGCACAAAAAGGGCCAGAGAGAGCUACAGGAUCAAAGCAGUAGCUUUAUUUCUGGAACUGUACCCAGCAGUUCCUGUCUCCAGCUGGGCCGGGCAUCCACUCAGGGUCAGUACCAGGGCUCCCACGUAUGUUGCCUGUGCGGAGUCUCUGCUAAUGCCAUGGACUUGGGGGAUCUCCAUGGUCCCUAUUAUCCUGAAGGAUACCGGCCGAUCACCAAAACACCAACACGUUCCCCAGACCUGAAAGGUGACAAGGAUGAAUACAGUGAUUCAGAUUCUUCAUCUUGUAGUGUUGGGGGCAGGGAGAGGAAACAUGCUGCUCUACCCUUAUCCUCUAAGGACAGCCUAGCGAAUCAGUGUUGGCAAAAAGGCCUCCCACCAAGCCGCCAGAGAAAAGCUGACAACACCGGCAGCCCUGCAGGAAAUCAUGCACGUUCAGAAAUGUGGCCAACAGAUGUGGAAGACUGGUACAGCCCACCGGUGUUGCCCUUCGAGCCUUGUGAGUACUGGCUCCACGAAGACUGUGGCAUCUGGGCAAAUGGUGUGUUCUUGGUGAAGGGCAGAGUCUAUGGCCUGGAGGAAUCUGUCAAAGUGGCCAAGGAGACGAUGUGCUCGGCCUGCUCAGCCCCAGGUGCAACGCUAGGCUGCUUCUUCAAAGGUUGUCCCAGCAAAUACCACUACAGGUGUGCUCUAGAGGCAGACUGUGUCCUCAUCGAAGAAAACUUCUCCAUGAAGUGUAAAAAGCACAAGAACAAGACAUUGAAAACCCCAGUGGGGAUGCACAAUGAUGGCAGGAGAAAAAGGCCCUCUUGACAUUUCGCCUGCCAAAUCGUUGGGGGGCCGGCUCAUCCUUUGGAAUGUGUGGACCGGCACCCUUGUGAUGGAGAUCUUGCACCCAUAAACCUUAAGGCCUCCUUUCUGGUAGACUCUCAGCUCUUAGAAACUAUUUAUAUGAAUUUUUGUUUUAUUUUUUAUUUUUUUCCACACAACAAUCAAGCUAUUUAAUUCACCAAAAAAACAAUGUUGUAAAUAUUCGAUUAUAUUGGGUUUUAUUUAUUCAUGAAAUCUGUCAUUUCGCUGCUUUUGUUGAGGUGUUUUAAGUUAUUCGUAAAGCCAGUUCAUCAUUUAAAUAAGAAGCGGCAGAUGAAAUGCGGAAGAGUGGAGCCACAUUAGGUUCCCUUUGUUCUAAGAAAUAUAUGCAUUUAUUUUUUUGUAAAACUACAGAACUAUGUUCCGGUUCACAUUUUUAGAGGAAAAUCGUCACAGGGUGUGUUUGAAUGUAUCCUCCCCACGUGUAUGUUUGGUGGGGUGAGCAGGAAGCACUUUUUGCAGUGUCUGCAGUAUUAGUUGACCACACGCCUUCCUCUUUCAUGUUCUUUGAUUUUGAAAAGAAUAAGAAGCUCUUAGGCCUGAUUUACACUGCAUGGUUCAAAUGACAUAAUUCACUAGUACAUACAUUGGCUUCUGCUUUCCCCAAAAAUGAUUUUCUAUGAAUAAAAAGUAUGGUAAAAAUGUAGUCUUUGGUGUCCAACUCAAGGCCAGAUCUGUCCCGCCACAUCUUUUUACGUGGUUCGUGAAAUUGAAUAGUCAACUCUUAUGAUUCUUGCCAAAAUCUUCACCAAAAUGUUACCUUUAUAACACAAGUAUUUUGAGAUAUUGGAUUUUUGUUACCAAGGCCCUUUUUACAGUAACUUAAACAAUUGUUGGACAAACUGUUCUUCUUGUGAUUUUCAAAAGUAGUUAGCCCAACAUGAUGAGGUGAUAAGAUUUGUAUGGGAAAUUGUAGCUACAAUGUGGCCCUUUACAAAAAAAAAAAAAAGUUUCACACCCCUGACACAGUUUAUCAAAUAUGAUGCCUCAUUCCAGCUGCGUCCAUCCUUAAAUAAUUGAUGACAACAGCCAGUGAAGUAAUAUGGAGGUUACCCUCAUUUAAAUCAAUGGCGGCAAAUAAUUUUUUGUUUUCAUAUUGUCACUUAGUUCAGAUAUACAUGAAAUAGUAAAAAAAUUUCAUUGCGAUUGGGCACUUGGACAUGCAGUGUAAUUCCAGCCAUAGUUACAAGAAAAUUCUUGUAAUGGUCUUCAGAUUUUAUUUAUUUUUUAUCCGACUCAAAGCACUUUGGGAGCAUGGCAAGGCUUCUUUAUAUUGUGUUGUCAUUGGUUGUGAAUCCAGUUGGGGAAAACAAUAAUUAAAAACCCUGUAAACUUA